AUGGUAUCAUCAACUGUCAAAAUAAAGCCGCAAACGGACUCUUUGAGUCCUGAAGGUCUUUCAGACCGAAGCGGCGAGGUCGUAGACCGUGAUAAAACAUUUACGAGGAAUUUUUGCUUAACAUCAAGUGAUUCGUUCAUCUCUGAUUGGAUUGAAUUUUUAUUUUCAACCUGUUCAUUAGUUGCUAAAUCAAAUAUUGAACAAUAUGAAGAAUUAAUGAAGCCGCAAACGGACCAAACGGCGGGGACUUUGUCCCAUACAUUAAAUGAAAAACAGAAGGAAGCAUUUAAAGAACUUCUAGAUGAGGAAUUCAAUAAAGUGAAUAUCAUAGGUUUUAAUUCGGGAAAGUUUGAUUUAAAUUUAAUUCUUCGUGAUUUAAACACUGCAAAAUGGAAAAUAAAAUCAAUGCUGGGUUCUUCUUCUCAAUUUAAGCAAAUCAUUGUAAAGAAAACAAACUGUCCAUAUGAAUUAAGAUUUAUUGACAUCAGAAAUUAUAUAGCGGGUGGAACAUUAGACCAAUUCACUCAAGAUUUCGGAAACAAUAAAUCACGUGUUAAAUCCUUUUUCCCUUAUCAAUUCAUCACAUGGGAGAAUUACGAAGAUGAAUUAUAUAAAGUGGAACCAUUCACGAAAGAUUCAUUUUAUUCAGCAUUAACUCAAGAAACAAUAUCCGAUUCAGAUUAUCAAAUAUAUCUCAAUGAUGCUAAAAAUUUUGAGAAUAGAUUAGAAUAUUUUAUUCAUUAUUGCAAUAAAGACGUUGAAAUUAUGAUUGACCCAAUUGAUAAAAUUAUUGAAGAAACAUUUGUUUAUAAAAUUGACAUGCUUCAUAAUCUUUCUUUAUCAUCGAAUGCAUCAAUGAUUCGUUACGCGUUAGCAUAUAAGAACUUCAAUCCUAACGAAACAUAUCCAGAAGAAGAAAAUGUGGAAUCAAGUUUUGAAUUAA